CGGUGGUGGACGCAUAUUAUCCAGGGUGGGACCAGGGCUGGGAUUAUUUUAACUACAGACUGUAUAUUAAGAAAAAAAAAUCACUGAAUUUAAUAAUUAAAAAAAAAUAAUCAGGAUUUAAAAAAACUACAAGACUACAAAAAAGGAAAUAAUCGCAUAAGAGGCGAUACUAUCUCAUCAAAAUGACAAAAAAAGAAAGAAAGAAAAUAAAUGGAUGCAAAAACAUGUCAUGAAUAUCAAAAACGAAAUAAAUAAAUUUAACAUUUCACAAAAUAGUAAAACAUCUUGCAAAAUGAUUAUUUAUCACUGAAUUUAAUAUAAAAAAUUAAAGGAUUAAAAAAAGUGCAAGACUACAAAAAAGGAAAUAAUUGCAUAAGGGGCGAGACUAUCUCAUUAAGAUGACAAAAAGAGACAAAAUGGGAAAGCUUACUGGAUGCAGAAACAUGUCAUGAAUAAAUAAAUAUUGUAACAUUUCACAAAACGCAAUACAUCUUGCAAAAUGAAUAUUUAUCACUAAACCCAAUAAAAAAAAGAAAUUAAAGGAUUAAAAAACUACAAGACUACAAAUCGCAAAGGGGCAAUACGAUCUAAUUAAAAUGACAAAAAGAAAAGAAAACAAAAUGCGAAAGCUUACUGGAUGCAAAACUUUUUUUCACCUUCAAAAACAAAAAUAAAUAAAUAUUUUAACAUUUCACAAAACGCACUACGUCUUGCAAAAUUACUAUUUUAUGUAAGAAAAUGAAUAUUUUAUGCAAGCAACUUUUUUUUUAUCAAAACAAAAGCUCCUCUUUUGUAAGGUGUAUUAAAAUUCAGCUGAAAAAAAUCUGCUGUCAAUUACGAGAACUAUGACACAACUUUUUAGAAGAUAAACUUUUUUUUGCCCUUUUUUCUGGACAUAAAUAAGAUAUUUAUGUCAUUAAUCUAGAAAAAAAAUAAUAGACCACUUUUUUAUCCAUAAGUUUCUCAUAAUUCUGAGAUUAUUACAGAAAAUCUGACCAGAUCCAAGAUGCAUGCCUUUGUUGGUAGGAGAGGAAUCACUUUAUAAAAUCAAUCCACUUAAUUCCUAAAAAGUCUCAAUUCAACCUGUUUUACUCUUUGUCACAGUUCUUCUUCGUCUUUUUUUUAAAAGAAAAAGCAGGAACUAAGAGUUGAGGAAGUGCAACAUACUCACUUCCCACGUACGAGGAAAACUGAGAUCAUUUACAAGCUGUCAAGCUCCAAACAUGGACCGGUCAUUUUGGUUUUCUCUCCUGCUCCUCAGCCUGCCAGUAAGAGGUGAGAUAUCUUUAUCAUUCCUGAUGUAUUUGGGGGGAAAUACUCAGAGGGACUUUAUUAAUCUGUAUUUAAAAACAUCACAGCUUCUGUUUUAACAUAUGUGAGCUGAUUCUCUGAAAUAAUUAAGACUAGAAAACUCGUGUCAUUUCAUUACAGAGAGCAACGAGAGGGAAAACAACUGCUUGUCUCAGCCGGUCAAGGUGAUCUGGAGAAAAUCAGGACAGAGCGUUGUUCUCCCGUGCAACAUAAACUCACACUGUUCAACCUCCAACAUGCGCUAUGUGUGGUUCUCUUUUAAAGAAGACACACAUCACCCUCUAGUCCUGCAGAGUGAUUCUCCGAAGUACAACCUGAACGGAGCAUCUUUACACAUUAAGUCACUGCACGCCAAUGACAGCGGGAUCUACCACUGUGCUGCAGAAUCGACAGGCGAACCGGCACAGGGCAAACAGCAUGUGGCGCUGGGUACAACUCUGGUGGUGAGGGGUAAGAGUGUCUUUGAGAGAAACCUGGUUUAAAAAUAUUUGAAGUGUAGAACAGAAUAAGUACAGUUGCUGUUAUUUUCAGAUAAAGUUAACCUGAUGGUGAGGGAUGUUCUCCUGUGGUUAUCAUUUGCCCUCUUGGCCAUCUACAGCUUGGCUUUGGUGACGCUUAUUGUAAGAAAGGUAAAUAGAAAAAAAUAGACCUUACAAAUUUAAAUCUGUAUGAUGUGAUAGAAUUACAUGAAGUAGACACCAGUUGUGAAAAUCGUCUGUUUUCUGUUUUCUAGUCCGGCUGCAGCUUGGGCAUCUGUGGAAGGAUGCGCAAAACCUACAAGGUUAUUAAUAAGAGGUUUUUUUUUAAUGUCUGUCAUCGGUUUAAGAAGAAUUUAAAGACGGCAUGUGCAAUAUUGUAAUCUUUUAAAGUCAGAGAGUGCACUUAAGAUUUUGGUUUCAUUCUUUUUACUUUAUUUAAGAGUGUAGAAGUCACUGUGAAAGUCUGAGUUAGUUUAGGAAAGUUAAAUAAUAUCAAUUUAAAGUAAAAACUAUGAAAAUGAUCCAAUUCUGAGGUGCUCCAUCAAUUAAGGCCAAAACAAAACAAAAAUAAGUCCUGAAGAAAAGAGUAUCAAAUUCUGAGACCAAUUCAGAGUUAUUUGUUGCUGAAAUUCGUUUUCAGAGUGAAUUAUCUAGAUUUCAAAGGCAGUAUUUUUGAGAUUCAAGUCAGGAGUUGCUCAUAUUUGCAAAAGUAAAGCCGGAAUUCUUGGGUUAAACUGCCUUAAACCUUAAAGGUGCAGUCAAAUAUUUGGAGAUAUCUAUCUCACAGCUUUUCAAAUGUAUUUGUCCCCUUGCUCACCCCACUAGCCCACUUUUGGGAAACUUCAUCUUCUUCCCUUAAAACUAAAAAUAACUAAAUACAAAAAUGUUUUUAUUACAGGUUUGUCCCUUCUGGUUCACUGUAGAAACAGGGCAGCCUCUGUGAAAGGCUCAGUCUACAUCAACAACUAUUUUUUUUACAUACUCACUUAAAUAUAAUCUUAAAAACCACCUUUUGUUUCCACCGAGUUUGUUGGGUGAAUAUCACACACUGUGUCUUUCAAGAGUAUUCACACAUGGCCCUGAUCAUUUCCUAUGAUUCAUUAAAUGAAAGAGAGAAGGUCAAGACAUUAAAAAAGAGGAACCCACAAACAAAACCACAAACUACAAAUAACUACGAACCUUAAAAUGUGUCUUUUUACGAUCGAUUUCUCCCAAACUUUCCUUACAGACUAACUCAACUAAAACGAGACAAUUUCGUGACGUGCUGCAAGAAAUACACCGCAGAAACAACCUGGAGAGAAAGAAACAGGCCGUGAGUAGAGACUCUUUUUUGGUAAACUUUGUCGCUUCCAGUCAGAUUGAGCAAAGAUGGAACUUCUGCUCAGCUUGUGUCACGGCACGGAGCUAAAAUGCGCUAUUUACUGUCGCUCUCACGUAACAUCUGUUUGUGUUUCAGGCUCCAAGUGCCGAUUUCAACAGCUCAACGACUGAUGAAAUCUACCAGAAUGUCUGAGAUGUCUUUAGAGGAUGUGAAAUAUCAGAUCUAGAUCUCUGUCAUCCUGACUGGGAGGAAACACAAAAGUCAUGAAACAAGAUGGAGGAACUGAGGAAAUCAACAACAGUCACAGAGGAGUCUUGUGCUCAUGAAGUCAGAAACAACCACAACAACAGAAGGUCCUGAGUCACCAGCUUCUCCUCUCCAGUUUUUCAGUUUCAGCCACAACACAUGUGCAGCAGUAGCUCAUGGGAUUUGUAGUUUGAUCUGUCUUCUUGUUUGUUUUUAAUACUCAAACACAAUCACUGGCUUCUUUUUAAAAUAGAGCAGAGUUUAGAUUAAGAGCCUGUUGAAGGAUGAGUGAUGUGUAAAUACUUCUUUAAGGAAGAGAAAGUAGACAACAGGAAUCUUUGUGGACAUUUUUGAGACACAGAUUACGAAAACGGACUUCUGUGUAAAUGUUAAAAUAAAUCAGACUCUAGGUGUUGAACAAAUCCACCUUUAAUCAAAAACUUUGGUAACCAAAGUGAAAAAUUUACAUUUAAAUGUACAGUACAUAGACUUUAAGUUGACUAAAAGGCACCGCACUGAUGAUUUUCACAUUUAAUAAAAGGACUAUCUACAUAGAACAAUGUUCACGUAAGAGUGGAAAGGCAGAGCUGUUGGUGUUGGAGACUUUUUCUCCAGUAAGUACCCAAAAUCUCAAAUGCAUAUAGAUUAUGGCAAAACUCAACCACCUGAGUCCAUUAUAGCUGUUUUUUUCUUCCUGAUACUAAGCUGCAAAACUAACCUCUGCAGCCUGGAUGUAAGGUCAGUUUGAAAUGAACCUGUAUGUUUCAUGAUGCCCCAGUUCAGGAAAUUCUUAAGACGAAAACUUAAUAAUGUAGAGACUCAAACUUUGAUUAAUGCUAUUAAAAAAUCAUUAUUGACAAAGCUGAUAUCUAAAAUCCUGCCUUUCUUCUUAAUCAUGAAUGUUAGUCGAAUGAGAAGUAGGAAUGCUCCAAAACAGUUACAGAGAAAUCGUCAGUCUUGUUGUUGAUGGUCUCGUUUGAUUUUAAAGGCCACAAAGAGGCAUCAGUACCAGUUUUAGUUUGUUUGUCGGUGAAAAACUCCCCACAGUGCCUUUAAGAAGUUUCAAUUAAGUUUUCUGAGUAUGGUGAGCGUAAGCAGAGGUCCUCUUUGCAGCGUGACGACAUAGCGCCCACUUGAGGGAGUGACGUUGCUUAAUUGUUUUUUACACUGAAAAUGCCUAACAGUCACUGCCGACACAAAAACCGCUGCCGAUGGACACAGGCCCUUAAUCUCCACUGUAGACUUAUAUUUACAGGCUUAUAAAAGAGUGAAUGACGUUCUCCCUUAACAUUUUAGCCUUCUUGCUUUUCAAGCGCUGGUUCUGUUGUACAGUUGAACAUCAGGACAUCUUGUUGAUUUACUGCACUAAUGAGCAUGUUUAAAGUUUGAAUUGCACUUCAGUAUUUUUCUUGCAGCUACAGUAAAGAUAACAUGCCUGUUGAAUUUCUCUUGUACAAAGUAAACAAUAUAUCUCAGAAAGCGACAGCGAUGCCUGAGAAAGGCUCUGAUGGUAAAGUGCAACAAAGUCAAGUCAAUCAUAAUUUCAUUGAAAUAAUCACCUGAUGUUUCUUUAAAUGCCGACUCAAACAACCUGCAGCUGGUUUCAAAUGAGCUGUAACAGGCGAACAAGCUUAUUUCCUAUCAGUCAUUUUUAAAACAUUAUUCAGAAACUUAUCGAGGGCAACCGUCACAGUAUGCAUAUGCACGUGCACAGCUCAAUCUGAAACUCACAAACUUUGAUGAACAGUAGUUGUGCAUUACUAUUGUUAAAGGGGGUGAAAUAAAGCCUAUCCCAAACACACAAUGGAUAGAAAUGAGUAACCUUUUCACUCAGAAACUGUUAAAGAAAUGAGAAUUAAUGUUGAGUGAGAGUAAAAAAAAUACAACUCCUUUAAAUCCUUCAACCCUUAUCAUACCUGGAAAAUUUUGAAGUAAUAUUUUGUUUAAAAUUUUCUGUACAAAAUUGAAAAUGUGUUCCUUCUUCUUGCUGCCACUGUUCACCUCCUUUGGCUGAGCACUUCUAUUAAAGGCCUGAUAUCCCGCUCCUGAGGACGCAUCACUUCAAAUUUCUGCCAACUUUAGGAUUACAGUUCCUCUUUUGUGAGCUGAACAGUGUCUUUGAGGACCCUGAGGAUCUGGUCCUUUAACUGCAGAGUGUGUCCUCGGUGCUGCCAAUGAGCUGCUGAGGUCAGUGCGAGGACUACGCGUCCGGAAAUUCAACAUGCCAAAAAAACUGUGAGAAUUGGAUUUUGUUGCAGGAAGAGGAUUUCAAGGGAGCUUAAAGUAUCUUGAGCCUUGCUAUGUUUGGUCCGGAUUUCCAGUGGGAUGAGAUAGCGGAUAUACAGUUGUUUAUUUGCAGUUGAAUCACAAACUGCAUCAUUAUAACCCUUGAUUCCUUCAAUAUAGUCUCUGAAUUUAAACCUUGUCAGUCCUAAAUCACUACUACAGAAAUAUCCCCCUGCUUCCUUUGAUUGUGAAGCACUAAAGUCAGUUAUCGAUGUACUUUGUUUCCACUGUGUGACUGUUGCGUAUCGAAAACGGUCUCCAAGCUAUGGUCUGCAGGGCAGUGACGCACAUCGGCACCAGACACACCAGGUAAAACAUGACACUGUGGAGGUUCUCCAAGGCGCUGUGAAAGAGGAGGAACUUUGUUACAGACUUCUAGUGACUGAGAUGAUGAAUCUGUCUGCUCUCAUUUGAUCCUUGUUUACUUUCUUAGUUCUUCUGGUUUGUACACUGCUGUAUUUACUCUGCUGCACUUUGAGAUUUCUUAAUGUAUACUGUAUAUAUGAAGUGUAUUAUUAUUACUAUUACUGGUAGAACUGGUGUGUUUAAGGCGGCCCCGUUUGACUCAUAACAUGCUGGUGUUGUAAUAAUUUCAAACUGUACCUUGAAUAACCCCUGAUCAUGUAAGAGUUGAUUUUUCUGAUGAUAACUGUCCCUUAGAAUAAAAAUGAUUCAACAUUUUAA